GUCAAGGAGUCAUGCAAUAAUCUAUUAUAUUUGCAUCUCUGCUGCUUUCGACGAUUAUGCUAAUAUGCAGGGCUUGUCGCAGACAAUUCCAUUCUUCUGCACUAGUCAGGGCGACGGACAACUCGAAGGCGUACGCAAAGACACUCCGACUCCCGAAGUCAGCCUUUCCGCAGUGGUGUGACCCGCAAAAGUCUGAAUUGCCGUUCCGGAGUAAAAUAUCGGGUAGUCUGUACAAGUGGCAGGAGAAAUUUACAGAUCGUCCACUCUUCGUAUUUCAUGAUGGGCCACCAUACGCCAAUGGAAACCUUCACAUGGGCCAUGCGAUGAACAAGAUUCUAAAGGACAUGAUAAAUCGGUUUCAGCUUCUUCAGGGUAGAAGAGUCAAUUAUAUUCCAGGAUGGGAUUGUCACGGAUUACCAAUAGAAGCUAAAACAUUGAAAGAGCUGAAGAAAGAAGCGCACGACCUUCCGGCUCAUAUCAUUCGUUCGGCCGCGAAGACCGUAGCAGAGCGUGAGAUCGAGGUACAAAAGGAGGAGUUCCAGGAAUUAGGUAUCAUGGCGAAUUGGAGCAAAGAAGGAACUUACCGGACCCUUGACAGAUCCUAUGAGCUUCGACAACUUCGCAUGUUUCAGAAAAUGGUUGAGAAAGGGCUCAUUUACAGGCAAUACCGCCCGGUACAUUACUCGCCAUCCUCGCGUUCGGCACUGGCCGAAGCCGAACUCGAGUAUCGCGAUGAUCACGUCUCUCGGUCUGUAUACGUCCUCUUCACCUUGGAUUCGUCAACAGUCUCUUUCAACCCUCUGUUCGCGGAGCUUUUACAAACCAAUAGACGUCCCAUUAAAUUGAUGGUCUGGACGACUACUCCAUGGACUCUGACUGCAAACAUGGGGAUCGCAGUUAACCAGGAGUUACGGUACAGCAUCUUGGAGACAAGAUCGGGUGAAAGCAUUAUCGUUGCGCAAGACCGUAUUCUGGCCCUGCAAGCUAUUCUUGGAGAUGUUAAGGAGUCACUCGUCGUCAGAGGUACGGACCUCGUUGGGUUGAGCUAUCUUCCUCUGUUUCCAGACACACCUCGAAGCAUCGCACCUUUCAAAGUCAUUUCAGCGGCGCAUGUGACCUCCGAUUCUGGGACUGGUCUUGUUCAUUGUGCUCCAGCUCACGGUGCAGAAGACUAUUCGUUGUUCCGUGCUCAAAAUCUUCUUCGUGCUCAAGGUCCGGGUUCGCUCAUUUGCCACGUCGAUAGCGAAGGACGCUAUAAUCGUGCCAUCAUUGAUGCCGUCGGUGAAACUGUUGGACAAAGACUAUUAGGCCUUGACGUCUUAAUGCGAGGCACAAAUUUGAUUAUAGAAAUGUUAAAGGAGAUGAAAGGCGUGCUAAUGAGUGAGGAACGGAUCACUCACCGAUAUCCUUACGAUUGGAAGACUGAUAAGCCAAUUAUCGUGACUGCGACUUUGCAAUGGUUUACAAGUCUCAAAUCCAUUAAAGAGGAGGCGUUGGAUGCUCUUAAAAACGUGAUCUUCCAUCCGGCUGAAUCUCGCAACCGUCUUGAGUCCUUCGUCCGGUCCCGUUCGGAAUGGUGUAUUUCUAGGCAGCGCGUAUGGGGUGCCCCGAUACCGUCUUUACAUCAUCUACCGAGUGGUGAAGCAGUCUUGACACAAGAUUCACUAGCUCACAUUUUGUCUGUAUUGGAGGACAAGGGUCCCGGAUACUGGUGGGAUGGUCCUGUUGCUGAAUUCAUUCCGUCUUCCAUGCGCAAAAACCGGAGCGUGUCGUCUCUGAAUCGCGAGUGGGCUAAAGGCUCGGAUACUAUGGAUGUUUGGUUCGAUAGUGGGAGUUCCUGGUCUCUUCUCGAAGAGAAAGGAUUUCGUUCUGCGAGUGACGGUGCCCCCGCAUAUGCAGAUGUGUGCCUGGAAGGAUCGGAUCAGCACCGUGGAUGGUUCCAGAGUAUGCUGCUCACCGCAAUUGCAGCCAGUGAAAAGGAUGGAUAUACGCGUAUUCUUCCAUAUAAGUCGCUCGUCACCCAUGGGAUGGUUCUUGAUCAAGCAGGCAAGAAGAUGAGCAAGAGCUUGGGGAAUGUCAUGAGCCCCAUGACGAUUAUCCGGGGCGGAAAAGAUAAGAAGAAAGAACCUGCAUACGGCGCUGACGUGCUGCGAUACUGGGUCGCUUCGGUGGAAUUCUGGCGUGAUGCUCCGUUAGGGCCAACGGUACUCGCACAAGCUGUCGAGGCAUUGAGGAAGAUACGUAAUACGGCAAGAUUCAUGUUGGGCAAUAUCGGUGACCUCGGAAAUCAAGGAGAGAUCAUGUGUGUGGGUGAACAGAACAUGAACAUUGCAGACAGAUAUGUUAUGCGUGAACUUUUCCACCUCGAAAGCUCUGUUUUGAACCAUUACAAGCAAUUGAACUUUCCUAGAGUGGUUCAAGCGAUCUCACGCUUCGCUAACAUUACUUUGUCCGCUCUGUAUUUUGAUAUCACAAAAGAUGUCCUGUAUGCCCACAGGCUUGACAGUACAGAGAGAAGAGCGGUUGUCUAUGUUCUCAACCAAGUUUUGGAACGUUUGACUCUCAUGCUUGCACCUAUCACACCUCAUCUUGCAGAAGAGAUCAACCACUAUCGAAACGGUGCUCGAAUAGAAAAGUCAGACUGGCCGUCAGUAUUUGUGAAACGCUGGACACCGUUGUCGAGUGACCCUAGUGAAUCUAAAUGGGAUAAUGACCGAGUAUUAGCGGAUAUGGAUGUUCUCUUGAAAAUACGUGAUACGGUUCUGGGUUUGCUGGAACAAGCUCGUGGCCAGAAAGAUUUGCGAAGCUCGCUUGAAGCGGAGGUGGAUAUUAUCAUUCCGGAUUAUGAAUGGCUAGACCGUGAGGGCGAACUGGCAAGAGUACUUCGUCAGCAGAGAGACUUUCUAAAAACGUUGUUCAUCGUUUCGGACGUUUCAAUCGUUGACGAGGGUUCUCUUGGGGCGAGUGGUGACGGGUGGGUGUAUACAUCGUCGUUUGAUGCGUCUGACACGGAAGAGAGUUUGGGAAUCCGACUUCGACCGGCAACUCGAGCAAAAUGCCCGCGGUGUUGGACGUACACACGUCACGACUCGGACGAACUGUGUGGAAGAUGCAGCGACGCAGUGCAAUGUACGGAAUAAAAUAAGGAUAGAAAAACCAUACAGCAUAGAGUACUGUAGAUGUGAAUAAUUUGGUAAUUACAAUAACGCACUCCCC